ACUCACUCCGUUCUUUCACUCACAUUACCAACACUACAUUCAAAAAUGGCCGGCGCAGCACCCAAAAUUUUGUGGGCAGACGAUGUCGAUGAGGAUGAGCUACCACAGCCGAAGGGAGAGGACUACAUCGAUGAGAACGGUAUACGUACGAUCGUGGAGUACACCGUCAACGAUGAUGGUAAGAAAGUCAAGGUCACCAAAAAGAUCAAGAGAACACUCCAAAAGGCGGUUGUGAACCACACAGUCGCUGAACGACAGACAUGGGCGAAGUUUGGUCAGGAGAAAGGAAACAAGCCAGGCCCUGAUCGUGCGACAACGACAGUGGGAGAGAAUGUCAGCUUGAAGUUGAGCGCAGGCAACAAAUCGUCUGAGCCAGACGCAUCUGCUGAGCAGACAGUCAAGAGCAAUCUUGUAAAGGCUGGUGCUGGAAAGGUCGUAUGUCGACUUUGUAAGGGUGACCAUUUCACCGCAAAAUGUCCCUACAAAGAUACCCUCACUGGUCUCGAUGGUGCCGAGACACCACCACUCGGCGGUGAGGAAACCGGAGCACCAGCAGAGCCUGCAGCAGGUGCCCCCGCGCCCUCCAUUGGCGGCAAGUAUGUCCCACCUUCAAUGCGUGGAGUUCGUGGUCCGGGAGAGUCGAUGUCGCGUCCUGGUGGAUCUCGCGAUGACCUUCCAACCCUCCGUGUCACGAAUAUAUCAGAAGAUACUCAAGAGAAUGAUUUGCGCGACCUGUUCAGCACGUUCGGCCGUGUCGCUCGUGUGUAUGUUGGUAGGGAUAGGGAGACUGGUGCUGGAAAGGGUUUCGCGUUCGUCAGUUUCGAGAGCAAGGGCGAUGCGCAAAGGGCGAUGGAAAAGCUUCAUGGUCGUGGAUACGACAACUUGAUCUUGAAUGUCCAGUGGUCACAACCACGGGAGCAACGUUAGAGUGCCCUUCUUGUGUAUACUAUGCUUUCUUCUUAGCUACGAUUCAUUGCUAUCAUCCCAUUUGCAUUGGCGUUAAUCCACUCAGUGCCGCGUCUAAGUUAAGUUGUCGACUAGCAUGAUCUGUUACACACACCUGAGCGUCGAAUUGCCGUGGAUUCCCGCUACACCCGUCACGUAACCAAAUUCAGAAUGGUACUUGCUUUGCUUUCCUAAUC